AUGCCAUAUGGCCAACUGCCAGUGCUUGAUGUUAACGGCUUGCUUGGAGCGGAUGAGUGGGAAGCAGCAAAGAUUGAUGAGCUGAUUAUGGGUCUCGAAGAUCUCAUGCAAAAACUUUCACCAUGGAUCCAUGAACAGAAUGACACCAAAAAGAUUGAAAUGUUCAAAAAACUUAUGGAAGAAGAAAUCAGCCCAUUCCUGCAGCGCUACGAAAAGUUUCUGGCCAACAGUGGUACUGGAUAUUUUGUUGGAAAUAAGCUGUCGGUGGCAGAUUUGGCUGUCUUCAACAUGCUUCAGUUCUUUGAUGGCAAGCUGAUGCCUGGACAUCUGAAGAAAUAUCCUGGUCUGGAUGAAUUUGUUGCUAAAAUUGGGCAGUUACCAAAAAUCAAAGCCUGGAUUCAGAAAAGACCUAAAACCAAUUUUUAG